UUUAAGGUCUAAUUUAUAGUUAAAUAAGAAUUUUAGGCUUGCGAAAACGUUAUCAUCAAUAAGGUUUAAUUUCGAGUUGUAACGAGUAAUUUGGAUUUAAUACAAUGUCCCGAAGACGUUACCCACAGUUUCAAUUUGGAUUUAAUAUGUUCCCCGAGGUUCCGCGGCCGUUUCAUACAACUUAUAAGUGUUAUUCAGUGGCAAUGCUACCGGGUAAUGAACGGCAAGAUGUUGAACGAGGAGGGAAAAUUAUAAUGCCUCCAUCCGCAUUGGAACAACUAACACGAUUAAACAUUAAUUAUCCAAUGUUAUUUAAAAUAACCAAUAAGCGGACGAAUUGUAAGACUCAUUGUGGUGUCUUGGAGUUUGUAGCCGAUGAAGGGAAUGUUUAUUUACCGUUAUGGAUGAUGCAUAACUUGGUGUUAGAGGAAGGAGAUUUUAUCACAAUCGAAAGCGUUUCCUUACCCGUUGGAACAUUUUCAAAAUUCCAGCCACUUUCUGCAGAUUUCCUUGACAUAACCAAUCCUAAAGCUGUCUUAGAAAAUUGCCUAAGAACCUUUGCAUGUUUAACAACGGGUGAUGUAAUUGCAGUUAAAUAUAACCAAAAAGUUUACGAACUAAGAGUCCUGGAAACGAAACCUUUAGAAGCAAUAAGUAUCAUAGAAUGUGAUAUGAAUGUGGAAUUUGCCCCGCCCGUUGGUUAUAAAGAGCAAGAACAUACAAAAAAAGUUGAGGAAGAGGAGAUGGCUGUGGAUCCAGCUGAUUUAAUGCCGGAACCUUCAGGUUUUGUAGCUUUCCGUGGUCAAGGUAAUCGGUUAGAUGGAAAGAAGCGAAAAGAUUCUACUUCGAAUGAUGUUCCAACGGCUAAACCAACUUACAUUAGAGGAAUUCCUGAUUACGAUUACCAAGUGGGGUCUUUGAGGUUCAUUAGGAGGAUUAAUGAACGACCUUCAUCCAGUAAAGAGACGGAUGCUGGGGAGGAAUUUAGGGCUUUCAGUGGAACUGGGUUUACUUUAAAAAAAAGUCGAGAUUAAAAUAAUUAAAUGUAUGUGAAUAAUGAUUAUGAAUUUGUAUUGAAUGAUAAGAUUAGUAAUAAAAUAAUUGUUUCGGCGA